CAAGUCCACACGUGUAUUUCCGUGACUUCGGCUUGCUCUAGACUUGUUGGUCGACUGCAGCUUCCACACAUCAUCACGUCGGCCCUCGACGACGACUAACUCCUCUGCCGACUGCAGGUGCCAUCACUUCAUCGAUAGCCAGCCCGCUCGUGGUGCUUGCUGAUUCCACACAUUGGGUUGUGGUCGUGCCUGCGGCCUGUGUGGUCAGCGGUCCAAACGCAGGCAUUUCGAGGACUUGAGCUUGCUUCAUCUUCUCCUCAACAGCCUCGAGCAUAAAUUACUCUGCAUUUCCAGUGGCAUCCCGCAUCAGAUGAGCUGCUUACAAUUCGGCCUUCUAUUCCUGGCUGCGACCCUCGCCUGAGCCCUCACGAGUGCCGCCUCGCUGAUCGCCAAAACCCACGCCUUCGACUUCGUCCCCCCCAAGACCCUCUGUCUCGAAAUGGGGAAUACAGUUUCCUCUCUCUGCUCGUCCUGCAGAGGUCGGCCAAAAGAUAACCUCUACGAACCCGCCCUAGCAGACAGUGAACGGGAAGCCGUCGCUGACCUUUUACAAUAUCUUGAGAAUCGCGGCGAGACAGAUUUCUUUUCCGGCGAGCCGUUACGAGCUCUAUGCACCCUGGUUUACUCCGACAAUGUUGACCUUCAACGAAGUGCCAGUCUUACAUUUGCCGAGAUCACAGAGAGAGAUGUGAGAGAAGUCGACCGGGAUGUGCUGGAGCCGAUACUGUUCCUUCUACAAAAUCCUGACAUCGAGGUUCAGAGAGCAGCGAGUGCUGCAUUGGGCAACUUGGCAGUCAACACUGAAAAUAAGGUUGCCAUUGUCCAACUGGGAGGUCUGCCUCCCCUCAUCCGCCAAAUGAUGUCGCCAAACGUCGAGGUUCAAUGCAAUGCCGUCGGCUGCAUUACUAAUCUUGCUACCCACGAAGACAACAAGGCAAAGAUUGCGAGGUCAGGAGCUCUGGGGCCGCUGACGAGACUAGCAAAGUCGAAAGACAUGCGAGUUCAAAGGAACGCUACUGGCGCAUUGCUCAAUAUGACACAUUCUGACGACAAUAGACAGCAGCUCGUCAAUGCUGGAGCCAUACCUGUCCUCGUUCAACUUCUUUCCUCUCCGGACAUGGAUGUGCAAUACUACUGUACGACGGCUUUGAGCAAUAUUGCGGUUGAUGCUUCCAACAGAAAGAAGCUAGCUCAAACCGAGUCUCGCCUUGUACAGUCUCUGGUACAACUAAUGGACUCUGGCACGCCGAAGGUGCAAUGUCAAGCGGCUCUGGCUCUACGAAACCUGGCCUCUGACGAGAAGUACCAAUUGGAAAUCGUCCGAGCUAGAGGCUUGCAACCACUUCUCCGGCUCUUGCAGUCCUCCUAUCUCCCGCUUAUACUCUCUGCUGUCGCCUGUAUCCGCAACAUCUCUAUUCAUCCCUUGAACGAAUCACCUAUCAUCGAUGCUGGUUUCCUCAAACCUCUGGUCGACCUUCUUGGCUCAACCGACAACGAAGAGAUUCAAUGUCACGCCAUUUCGACUCUUCGCAACCUUGCAGCAAGCUCGGAUCGAAACAAACAGCUUGUCUUGGAAGCUGGAGCCGUUCAGAAAUGCAAGGAACUGGUGUUGCAUGUUCCCUUGAGUGUCCAGUCUGAGAUGACGGCUGCUAUUGCGGUUUUGGCUCUGAGCGACGAGCUCAAGCCUCACCUUCUCAACUUGGGCGUUUUCGACGUUCUCAUUCCUUUGACCGACUCUGAAAGUAUCGAGGUCCAAGGCAAUAGUGCGGCUGCUCUGGGCAAUUUAUCUUCCAAAGUGGGCGACUAUUCGAUCUUUGUUCGUGACUGGAACGAACCAAAAGGCGGCAUCCAUGGCUAUUUGAAGCGUUUUUUGGCGAGUGGUGAUCCUACUUUUCAACACAUCGCAAUCUGGACAUUGCUACAACUCUUGGAGUCGGAUGAUAAGAAGCUUGUCAACCUGGUCGCCCAGUCCGAAGACAUUAUCCAGAGGGUGAAGACGAUUGCUGACAAGCAUGUCGAAUCUGAUGAUGAAGAGGGCGAAGAAGGUGAGGGUGAAGUGAUUGCUCUUGCUCAGAGAUCGCUUGAAUUGCUUGGGAAAGGCCCGAAGCAGACACUGGUGGAGGGAUGAGGUGGCUUGCAACGGUUGUUUUGAAUCUCGUGAAAGAGACAAUAUUGUUUUCCGUUCAUUAUAUACCCCUGGCAUGGAGAUUGAAUAUGCGUACAGGAUGGUGCAGCGGCAUAGCGAGGCGUUGUGGCGCGUUACCGUUUGGCUGCACAAGAGGCUGGUUACAUGGUAAACAAGGAUAGGAGGGCGAGGAAUGACUAUCCGCAUAUUAAAGAAUGGCUUGUGCAAACUCUGGUCUGCCAGGAGAGAGACGCUAGUGCUCGAAUAUAGCUUUUCUCUUAACCUGAUUGCACUAAUUAUACAUUUUGCGAG